AUGUAUGGCACUAAACAAAGUUUACAUACAAUCGCUAUAUUGGCUCAACACUGCAAUACUAAAUCCCAGAUACAAUUAUCUCAUCGAUGGUUACCGUCGACUACUAGUGGUCGCGAAGAGGCCAACGAUAAGCUCUCAAACAUAACAGCGAGUCUUCGCUCCGCAACUGAUCGUAUUUUAAACUCUUCUGCCGACCAAUGCUUUUGGAGACAGUCAUCGCGCCAUCACUUCAUUAUCAUUAAGUCAAUCGGUGCUGAUCCAACCAUGACAUCGACGCUCACCACCGCCGCCGUCUCUGCGGCCGCCACUGAUGUCAGUAGUGAUGGCGAUAGUAGUGUUGCCAACAAACCUGACCUCAGAGUCCGUAUCGUGAAUGUGGACCACUAUAUGACUGAACCCAACGUCCGGUUCGACGAUCUUUACUCUCAGUUCAGACAGUCUGAGACCAAACGAGUGCCCGUUUUGCGUGUCUUCGGCACCACUGAUGACGGCCGAAAGAUAUGUCUUCACAUUCACAGAGUGUAUCCCUAUUUGAGCGUUAAAUUUGAUGCAAUACUAGACGACAACUAUGAGUACAAUAAACAACAGUUUAUGAGCCAAUUGGUGGCCGGACUCGAGUCCUGUCUAAUGCCGGCCAGAGUUCGCACACGCAAUGCGGCCAAAGACUCGCCCAACGAUCACCUCAUAUACGACAUCCAAGAGGUGGACGCCAUCCCAUUUUACGGCUUUCACGAAAAACAUGACAAGUUUUUGCGGAUCUAUUUCUACAAUCCAUGGACUGUUAAAAAAGCGAGUGAACACUUACUCUCCGGCGAUGUUAUGGGCCGACAGAUCCAACCGUUUGAGGCACACAUUCCGUACACACUUCAGUUCUUCAUCGACCAUAACUUAUAUGGUAUGAACUUUUUGGACGCCAAACGUGUAGUUUAUCGGCAAACAGAUUCAAUGCCCGAUUGUGUCAACUAUUCAGACAUAGAGCCCAUGAGUUCGUGUCAAUUAGAAUGUGAUAUAGAUUUGAAUGACAUUAUGAACAAAGACGUGGUGUUGGAUAACAAUCGACGCAUCCCUGGUUUGGAGUCCAUUUGGAGGGAAGCGUUGAAUCGCUGCAAAGAUUCCACAGAAGCCCAAACCCUAAAGGGAUUGCCCUCUCAGGAGAGGACAGGGGUUACUGUCACCGAACGUGAGACCAAACUCUUGCAGAAGCUGUUCGACGGUUUGUCCAAAUUGGACAUCAAAACCGAUGAUAACUGUGACUCUAUUGGCGAAACACAAUUCGCUGAAAUGAUCGUUAAUUGCAUCGAUAAUAAUACUGAAGACUCAUUAAACCAAAUCAAUGACACCAUCAAUGAAGUCAUCAACAAUUCACAGACACUUUCCAUCAAUCAUACCAUUGAAGACGUCAUACAUAACUCUCAGAACGAGAUAAUUAGUCAAACCAUUGAAAGUGUUGUCAAAGAGUCGGCGAAACAGUCAAAGUGUAGAAAACAGAAGCGAAAGACAGCGUCCAAAGGCGGUGCGUCCAGAAGGCGACUCAUUCUUCUUAGUUCCGGCAGUAGUGCUGACAAUAACGACGGCCAGAGAUCAGACGUGAGCACUGAAUUAGAGGACACAGAAUAUGACCGGAAUGUUGUCUUUACCGACGCCUGCACUCAGACAGAGACGGGCGACGAAGAUAUGAUGGACGAUGCGAUGGAUGGACUGUUUGACGACACGGAACAGCAGCUGCCGGCCGAAGAAGUGGUGUGCGAUUGCGAUUCGGACGAGUGCUGUGACCAGUGCUGCGACCGUCAGUCGGAUCAAUGCGAAUGCGAUUGUGAGAAAUGCGAAUACGAAAAGGUCGGACGUAUUCCUCAAUUUGACGGCGCUUUCGACUCGGAUGACGAAAGCGGUUCCGACUUUAAGCCAAACCGUAAGGACGAGAGCGACGACGAGUCCGACUACGAGGCGGCGCCGAAGAGGGGCCGCAAGAAGCCGACGCCCAAAAAGCGGACGCAUAGCUCGCGUUCAAAACCGGCGCCCAAACGGAAUAAGACAUCAAUCACGCGGGCGUCAGACGAUUCGGACGCCGAUGAGGUCGACACGUAUAACACGUCCCGAUCGUCACGCCGUAAACCGGCCGCACGUCAGUCGCGCCAAUCGCCAGAUGUGUCCGACAAAGACGAUGACGUGUUUCAAUCGAGUUCCGGUCGAACCGUCAAAAGUACUUCUAAACUACUGUCCGCCCGACUCUUUGAUCAGUUAAAGCCCACUUCCCGUACGUCUGCCGAUAACGGGUCACCCAUUCAUAUGUCGUUCUCGGAGUCGGACGGCUCGGAUCGGGACACGAAGACCACGCGAGGAACGGGUGGAGCGCUCAGCUUUUUGGACACUUUGGCGCACAAGUCUUCGCCGUCGAAGUCAAAAGAUAGACGUUUUAUUGAAGACGAAGAUAACAGAUCUGAUCGUUCGUUAACACCGUAUUUGUCGGACGUGUCGGACGACAAGCCGUCGCGAACCAAACCCGGGCCGCACUCUAGCAAAGCGUCAUCGCGUGCCGGCCCGGCCUCGUCAAAGCCCGGACCUAAGUCUAGCAAAGCCGCGCCCAAACCCGGACCCAAAUCAAGUAAAACGUCAGCUCCGGUGGCCGCCAGACCCGGCCCUAAAUCUAGCAAAAUAGGGCCCAAAUCGUCGAAGAAAUCCGAUUACAUUGCACUCGAUUCUGACCCGUCGGACGCCGAAGACUACUACACGCCGAGCGCGCGCUCGCGAAGAAGUGGCGCCAAAGCAGUCAAUUAUGACGACACUAAUGAAAGGACAUCAACGAUAUAUAGCAGCUCUAAGACCAAACCCAAAGCCGCCGCCAAACGAAAGCCAGCCGCGAGAACUACCGCUAAACAAUUGGCAGAUGAGGUGCAGUCCGCCAUCGAUUCAAUCACUCCAUCCUUUGAUUCGGACGACAAUGUGUCGGACGGGAAGAGCUAUUCAAACAACAUAUUCAGCUCCACUUCGGACUACUUGUUGUCACCCAAAAUGGUUUGGCGUGAGUUCGACGCCGAUAUCAUUCAAGUGGACGAGAAUUAUUACCCGACGUCAACCAUAGACGCUAUGGUGACCACUGAUCCCAAAGUGUCGUUCAAACUCACUCCAGACUAUAUCAUUAAACCAUAUCUGAAGCGAUACGAUAAUAAUCAGGACUACUGGGACACCGUUCGCGCGGAGUUGGAUCUCGGGCUCAAUGGCGGCGGCAGUGGAGGCGGUGGUGGUGUCCGGAAGGGCCGCACCGGUGGCACCAAAAGUAAGGGUGCGCUUAAAGAUUUUUAUACUUUACCGCAAUUGAAUGAGAGGGCGAUAUCUAAAAGCCCCGAAAGGCCGGCGCCGGCCCCGAAAGCCACUACCGCUAGUAAAAAGUCCGCCACCAAAAAGCCAUCCAAUAGAGCGGCGGACGAAGUGGCGAGACUCGUGUCCGAGGCGUCAGAUUUAAUUAAUAAACCGUUGGGCAAAAGGGGCGCCCAAUCGAAACCGGCGGCGAAGGCCACUCCGGCCCCCAAACCCAAAGCGGCGCCAGUGGUCGCCAAGAAAUCUGUGACGCCUAAAGCCGUCGGCGGCUCUAAGUCUAAGUCGAGCGCUAGUAAAUCGAAAUCGCGUGCGAAGAGCGGCGGCGGUGCAAAAGCCGGCGGUCGCGACACUUUCCGAAACCGUAACUCUAAGCGGUCGUCGGCGAGACAGCGGGUGCCGCGCGGUGUGACCAGCGCUACGGUGUUUAACGCCAUUAGCAUUCCCUUCUAUGAGUCAGACAUUGUGUCCGUCACUGAUCUGACGGGACAUAAGAAACGCUCUCAUCUGAAAGCCCUGUGCGACGACUUUGAGCUAAAUGUCGACAAACUGCCCGAACGCUAUCUGAACCGUUAUCGUCACCACGAGAUCAGUCCAUUCCUGUUCGACAAUAUCUAUUACAACGACUACAGCGGUCUUCUACCCAACGAAGAAUCGCAGUUCACUCAGGAUGUGCUGAUUGUUAUGAAAGAGUUGGUCUCGUCUGUGGUGUCGGUCUCGCAGUGUGUCAACCAAAUAGUGAAAGACGUGGAGCAAGAGAUAGAGCCGCAGCCUAUGAUAGACAUUGACGAGUAUUACGAGUCACCCGUCGAUGAAGACAGCAAUGACUGGAAUUAUGAAGAAGAGGAACAGGAGGUGAUUGGCAUCGCUGUCGACGAGUACGGCGUGGCUAUCGGUGCCGUUGAGAAGAACAAUGACCAGAACUAUGAGACGACGGUCAAUGUGUUUGAGAAUGGGAUCAACGGAACGGCUGAUCCAUUAAGCGAGGCAUUGCUGAAGACUUUCUGUGACGAUAAUGACGACAACAACUCUACUGACGGUCAAGUGAACGGCGAAACUGCUCCCAAUAACGGCGAAGAGGAGGAGCGCCAGCAGGAGGUGGAAGAUAAUGGAUAUGAAAGCCACGGCCAACGGGCUGUGCAACAGAGCGAUGACGAAGGCAUUGAAGAGUCUAACGAACAAAUAGCCCAAGAAGUGGAGAAGUUGUGCGCUGACACUCAACCACAACAACACCGUUACUCCGAAAUCACUCCAUUGGAGAACUCGAAUGAUUCUUCUGUUGAACAAAACGCCGCCGAAUAUCAGACCAAUCAAUACGAAGGACAGGAAGAGGAGGAAGAAGAAGAUGAUGAGGAGGAGGACCCGAACUCUAACCAAUCAAACGGUCUGCCCGGCGAUCAAUGUCUAGAGCCGUUCUCUACGGAACCGGUGAGUCAGCCGAGUCCACUGCGACAGUUCCGCAUGUCGUCGACCAACUAUAACACACAAGUGUACGACCCGUACAACAGCGGGUCAGCACCGGCUCAGAGUCAGCCGCAGUACCACCAGAACCCACUUCAGAAUCCAAUUGUGCCAACACUACAGGUGCCGCACAACACAGUC